AUGGCUGAAGAAUACGAGGAAGAAGUCGCUGCCGACGAGAGUGGCAUGACCGGCCCUGGUGCCCCAACUCCCGUCAGCGCUCUGGAGGGUCUCGCGGGUCUCACAAAGCGCGAUUGCCAGCUCCUUAUGGAGGGCGGCUUUCAGACAGUGGAGUCCGUUGCAUAUGCUCCCCGACGACAGCUGGAGCAAGUCAAGGGCAUAUCCGAGCAAAAGGCCGCAAAGGUGCUCGCAGAAGCUUCCAAGAUUGUCCCCUUGGGCUUCACCACUGCGACUGAGAUGCACCAGCGGAGGAGUGAGCUGAUAUCGAUCACGACUGGAUCGAAGAACCUGGACACUAUGCUUGCCGGUGGUAUCGAGACUGGCUCUGUGACAGAACUCUUCGGCGAGUUUCGCACUGGAAAGAGUCAAAUCUGCCAUACGCUUGCAGUCACCUGCCAAUUACCUUUCGACAUGGGCGGUGGCGAAGGCAAAUGCCUCUAUAUCGACACUGAAGGCACUUUCCGACCCGUACGACUACUGGCUGUCGCCAACCGCUACGGUCUAUCGGGCGAAGAAGUACUUGACAACGUCGCCUACGCCCGCGCCUACAACUCCGAUCACCAGCUCCAACUACUCCAACAAGCAUCAGCAAUGAUGUGUGAAACCCGGUUCUCACUCCUCAUUGUCGACAGCGCGACGUCUCUCUACAGAACCGACUUCUUGGGCAGAGGAGAGUUGUCGUCGAGACAGACACAUCUGGCCAAGUUCAUGCGCUGUCUGCAGAGACUAGCAGACGAAUUCGGUAUUGCUGUGGUCAUUACCAACCAGGUCGUCGCUCAAGUCGAUGGCGGCCCCAGCACCAUGUAUAAUCCCGACCCGAAGAAGCCCAUUGGUGGCAACAUUAUCGCCCAUGCCAGCACGACAAGAAUCAGCCUGAAGAAGGGUCGAGCUGAGACACGUAUCGCCAAGAUCUACGACAGCCCAUGCUUGCCCGAGAGCGACUGCCUCUUUGCCAUCAUGGAGGAUGGUAUCGGAGACCCUGCUCCCAAGGACGUGGAGAAGGAUUGA